AUGCCCGUGCUUGCCGAAAGCUACCCCCACGCGGCGAUAGGUGCUGCGUAUCUCUUGCUGGCCUUCGCAGUGCUAAGUCUCGGGUCGCUUAUCUGGAGAAGAUAUACAACUAUUGCCCGCGGCGCCACAUCCUCUCGCACCCCUACUACUCAAACCUCCGUAUUCUCUGAAGAGAAAGAGUCGGGGAUCCCUCAGAUUGGAGACCAAGAGAGGGUGUUACCGUCUCUUUUCUCUUCUUCUUCUUCUUCUUCGUAUGGUUAUCCGCAAAGCUCACGACCGCCAUCCUCCCUGCCUUCUCUUCCUGUGAUUGCUACACAGGACCUCGGUGUUCGAACUCAAGUUCCGGACUACGAGUCGCCUACCUGGCCCCCGCUCGUUUCCGCCACGGAGUCUUUUGAAGCUGCUGCUCGCGGGAUGGUGGACUGGCCUAAGAGGAGAAGCUAUACGGAGACCACGCUUGAGGAUGUGGAGGUUCAAGGAGAGGUCGUGGUGAUGGCUGGGGGUUGGAGACGCCAUACGAACGUCUUUGGAGGGGGGGUUUGCGUGGCGUGCAAGGAGUCGGAUCGGAGGAUGAGAUAA